UUUGUUGCUUCACUUGAUUGCAUAAGGUGGCUAGUAGUGAAUGGAUUAUCAUUUCGAUGGCAUGAUGAAUCUGAAACUUCAACUAACAGAGGUAACUUUCUUCAGCUAUUAGAUUUCCAUGCUCUUGGUAGAGAAGAUGUGCAAAGAGUAGUUGGGAGGAAUGCUCCAAAGAAUCUCCAACUCACCUCUCCAAAGAUUCAAAGAGAUCUUAUUCAUGCCAUGGCUUGUGAAACGACUAAGAAAAUCAUUGCAGAGAUUGGGAAUAAUUUUUUCUGCAUAUUGGUUGAUGAGACUCGUGAUAUAUCAAUGAAAGAGCAGAUGGCUAUUGUUUUGCGUUAUGUGAAUUCUGAUGGUUGUGUUAUGGAAAGAUUUAUUUGUACUUCUUAUGUGCGAAAUACUAAAGCUUUGACAUUGAAGAAGGAAAUCGAAGCAAUGCUUUUGAAACAUGGAUUGAGCAUGUCAAUGAUAAGGGGACAAGGCUAUGAUGGAGCUAGCAACAUGAAAGGGGAAAUAAAUGGUUUGAAGACCUUGAUGUUGGCUGAAAAUUCUUCGGCAUAUUACAUUCACUGCUUUGCUCAUCAACUUCAAUUAGCAUUGUUGCGGUAG